AGAAAGAAACAAGCAGAUCACACAACCGCCGCCGCCGUCGCCGAAAAAAAGAAAAAGCAUGGCGGAUGUAGUACAGUACAAGCUAGAGCGAAUGGUGGAGGAGCUAGAGGACCUAGAAAAGCGGGGUAUAUUCUCACGGCGUGAAAUAGCGGAAAUCGUAAAACAGCGGCGGAAGUUUGAGUACAGGCUGAAGCGGCCAAGUCCAUUGAAAGAAGAUUAUCUGAGUUACAUCGAUUACGAGAAGUCUGUGGAUGCGCUUCGCGUACUUCGUAAGAUGAAUAAGGAAGAAGAAGGAAAGAAGAAAAGGAGGGUGAGUGAUUACGCGGGGGUGGCGAGGAUAGUGGAGAUAUACAGGCUGGCCAGUAACAGAUUUAAAGGAGACAUUCACUUGUGGUUUCAGUACCUUGAGUUUUGCAGGCUCAAAAGAAAUGGUCAUAUGAAAAAGGUUUUGGCUCAGGUGCUCAGAUUUCAUCCCAAAGUACCUGGAGUUUGGAUAUAUGCAGCUUCGUGGGAGUUUGAUCACAACUUUAAUGCUGCAGCUGCUCGUGCACUUAUGCAAAGUGGUUUGAGAUCUUGUCCGACUUCUGAAGCUCUGUGGGUGGAGUACCUACGAAUGGAGCUUACAUACCUUAAUAAGUUAAGUGCUCGCAGGGCUGAACUUGGAGAAGGCGUGGGAACCUUGGUUCGUCAUCAACCUGACCCAGAGGAGAAACAAUGGCGGGAGGAAAACAAAGAGCUAUUUAUGCCGAUUGGUGGAGAAAAUGAAGAUUAUAAAGAGUUGGAUGUUCAAAAUGAGGAACUAAAACAGAAAAUGGAUAUCUUUCGGGAGAAAGGAUUCAACAUUCUUCAAACUGUUUACAAGUGUGCAGUGGAAGCACUCCCGUCCAGUUUCAGCCUGAGAGCACAGUUCUUGGAGAUUUUAGAGACAACAAACUUGGCGAAUUCAGAGAAUAUGCAAACAGAGAUACUUGCUGACAUGAAAAUUGAAUUUUCUAAAGAACCAGGAUACUGGGACUGGCUUGCAAAAUAUGAAGGCACAGGCUCCAAGAGUGCACACGAAGCAAUUAAGGUUUAUGACGAGGCUUUGAAAACUAUACCAUCAUCUACGAUGUUUGAUCUAUACAUCAAAUUCUUAAUGGAUAUAAUUGGUCGAACUGGGAACCGUCAAAUAUCUAGGCUUUCUGAUUUGUCUGACAGUGAUAUAGAUCCUGUUUCACAUGUUUUAAUGGUCUUUGAAAAGGCUGAAAGCAUGCAAUGCAUUACUGAAAAUCUUGCCUGCCAACAUGUAUCAUUUUUGUUAGAACUGGGUAGAUUAGAUGAUGCUAGAGAUUUGGCUGAAAAAUUUUGCAACGGAGAACUUUCGGAAGCAGUAAAUAUGUGGGUUUUACGUCUCUCAAUAGAGAUGAAACGGCUUACAACUCCAAGCAAAGCUGAUUUCUCACUUGUUUUUUAUCUCUUGCAAAAUCCCCUUAGGAAGAUUGCUGUUUCAAAGGCUGAAAGUCUGUGGCUUAUGGGGUUGAACUAUUUUUCGAAUCAGAAGCAAUAUUUUGACAAGCUGGUGGAAAUUUCUUUAAGUUCGCUGAUCAGAGAUGGUGGCAGCGAUGAUGGUUUCUCCCUCUCAUCUGCAAUUGUAAACUUUGUUCUUCAGAGAAAUGGAAUUCAGAAUGCAAGGGACAUGUAUAAGCGGUUUCUUUCUUUACCUCGACCCGGGCUUGCUUUCUAUAGGAACUGCAUAGAAAUGGAAUUGAACCUUGCAUCAUCUGCUGGAGGUAAAGCUCAUCUGGUAGAAACCCGGCAGUUAUAUGAAGCCGCACUUUCAACAUAUGACCAAGAUGAAAGUUUGUGGCAAGAUUAUCACUCAAUGGAGUCCAAGAUGGGGACGUCUGAAACCACUGCUGCUGUCCAUUGGCGUGCUCGUAAGACACUUAAAGGAAAUGCUACAUUGCUAACUUGAAGAAUUUAUCCAUGAGAGAUUUGCAUAUCUGUAUUGCCCACAAUUUUGACUUGUGUUAGAGGGGCUGCUGUUGAAAGCUGCACUUUGAGAAUUGUAACAGUUGUUUUAUUGAAAGUAUCUUCAAGUAUGUUUUAGUUUUAUCUUGA